GGGAGGAGUGGGACCCGCGGGGGUGGAGGAAGAGGCCUCGCGCCGAGGAGGGAGCAAUUGAAUUUCAAACACAAACAACUGCACGAGAGCGUACCCACCGCGCAGAGCGUCGUCGGACCCGGGCCCGCCCCGUCCGAGCGGCGCGCGAGUGUAGAGCCGUGGCCGCGCCAGAGCUCGAGCCGGGGGCCGCCAUCGAGGCGGGGGCCGUGCGCGGGCCGGAGCGGAGCGGCGCCGCCACCGCUGCCGCCGCGCGCUCAAACUUAGGCUCACGCUUCCCGGCCCGACGCGGAGCCCGGGGCGCCCGAAGCCCCGCCAUGUCGCGAUCCAACCGGCAGAAGGAGUACAAAUGCGGGGACCUGGUGUUCGCCAAGAUGAAGGGCUACCCGCACUGGCCAGCACGGAUUGAUGAAAUGCCAGAGGCUGCUGUGAAAUCCACAGCCAACAAGUAUCAAGUCUUUUUCUUCGGGACCCACGAGACGGCAUUCCUGGGCCCCAAAGACCUCUUCCCUUACGAGGAGUCCAAGGAGAAAUUUGGCAAGCCUAACAAGAGGAAAGGGUUCAGCGAGGGGCUAUGGGAGAUCGAGAACAACCCAACUGUCAAGGCUUCUGGUUACCAGACCUCCCAGAAAAAGAGCUGCUCAGAAGAGCCAGAGCCAGAACCUGAAGCCACAGAGGGUGACGGUGACAAGAAAGGGAAUGCAGAAGGUAGCAGCGAUGAGGAGGGGAAACUGGUCAUCGAUGAGCCAGCCAAGGAGAAGAACGAGAAGGGGGCCCUGAAGAGGAGAGCAGGAGACCUGCUGGAGGACUCCUCCCCUAAACGUCCCAAGGAGGCAGAAGACCCAGAAGAGGAAGAGAAGGAGGCAACCACCUUGGAGGGUGAAAGGCCCGUCCCCACAGAGGGUGAGAAGAACAACACCCCCUCUGAGCCCAGCUCUGGCCAGGACCCUCUUCCUGAAGAAGAGGAGGAGGAGGAAGAAGCUGCCAAGGAGGAUGCUGAGGCCCCAGGCAUCAGAGAUCAUGAAAGCCUGUAGCCAACAAUGUUUCAAGAGGAGCCCCUCCCCGUUCCUGUUGCUGUCUGGGUGCUACUGGGGAAACUGGCCAUGGCCUGCAAACUGGGAACCCUUUUUUCCACACAACCUGCUCUCCACUCAUUUCUCCCAGUGUAAGCCCAGUCCCUGGAGAUUGAUCUGGCGUUCCACUUUUGGGUCCCCCCGACCUAUGACCUGAGUUAGGGCCAUGUCCUCAGCUCCAUGGGAUGAGACAAGGCUGUUGUGUCCCAUGCUGCUUGAAGGGCUUCUGUGUGGGUCUGGGCUGGCUGUUCCUGACGCCCUCCUCCAUAGGGAUUCUGGUGGUGUUGGGUAGGAGCAGAAGUCAUGGAGUAUAAACAGGGUGGGCUUUGAGCUGGGGCUUUGGGGGAGCAAGAGGGCAGGCAGCAUCCCAUGCUGCUUUCCCCUACUGCCACACCUCUUCUCAGCUGCCUAGAUUCAAGGAAAGUGGGACAGCCUGUGGGGGAGGGCUCCUUUUCGUAAAUCCUGGAUGAUUGACAAUACCUGUUCUUUUGCUGAUGCUCUAGGGGUUCUGUGAGUUGUAGUUUAUCAUCAAGAGAUUUGGGGGCUUCCAAGUUUGGGCCAAGGGCCUGAGAUCUGAAGGGCUGGCUUUACCCAUGUGGGUAAGGAGUGUUGAGCAUCUGCCCCCUUUAGAUCUCGGGCCGGAGAUGGGAUUCCCUGGGGAAAGUCCUACCUGCCCUCUCCCCUUUUCCCACAGUACUCAAGGCCAGCCUAGUUACAUGUACCACCCAGACAUAAAGGAAAAAACACAUUUUUUAGGAAAUGUUUUUAAUAAAAUAAAAUUACAAAAAAAAUUUUAAAGGCCCCUAACCCUUUGUGUGCUCCCUGUUCUGCUCCUUCCCCAUGUUGCUCCCAUUUCUGAGGUGCACUGGGAGCUCCCCUUCUGUGUGGGGCUUGAUGACUUUUUGUAGCUGGGGCUUUGGUGUUUCUUCUGGUGUCAUUUCCUAUCCACAUAUCCCUACCUGAUCCCUUGGUGUUUUCACUAGAUCUGGUUUGUAACUUACUGAGAGGACAGAGAGAGUGAGUGCCCUCUUCCAGCCUCUUCCUAGUGGUUUCUCACUGCUCCAUCUCUUGUCUCUUAUACCUGCCUCUCUACUUUGGGCUCUGAUGAAAAAUUGCUGACUGUAGCUUUGAGAGUUUAGCUCUGAGAACCAUAGAUGAAUUCAGUUCUAGGAAAAUAAAACCUGUUGAUUACUA